CUGACCGACAGGAUAUCAAAAAUAUUUUUUUAACAAGGCAAUGUGAUUGAUAGCCAUUUUGGAGAGCCUUUUGUUGGUGUUUUGUGAAUGUUUUCAUGUAAAUUUUGUAAUAAUGCGAUGAUGAAAAAGCAAUUUUAAUACAUAUAACACUUUGUUGUAACAAAACAUCAAAUUAAUACAUUAUAUACAGUAGUAUUGUUUGUGUAGUGAACUCGCAUUGUGAUUAAAAAACCGGAAAGAACUCUUAUCGUAUUUUAAUCUUGUUAUAUUUUUAUUUUACUAGUGUCUUGUAUUGUAACCUUUUAUUUGACUAGUUUACAUUUUGUGAUUAGUGAAGUGUAAUAAACAUCUACAUUAUUUACGUCGCGUGUUUUGUUGUACGUAAAAUUUAGAUCGCCACAAGAUGGCCGCCCAAUGCCCGCUUCGCCAAAACUUGCUUUCGGGGCCCGAUGUGUCAUCAACGGACGAGUGCUUGACGAGCAUGCUGUGAACCGGCGUCUCGGACCGCGACCGUGUUUUCCGGUCGCAUUCGGCGAGGUUCCAUUUCAUAAAAUGGAAUUUCGCUCGAGGCGCCAAAAUAUGAUGGGUGUUGACACAACUUCAAUACCAUACCGUUACUCUGACGGCUGUACAAAAUAAUCGUUGACGAAAAUGAGCGAACCGGACGACGUUGGCAAAGAAGUGUGGAAGCGAUGGAUUUUGGAAGCUAUACACAAAAUAAGGUCUCAAAAACAGAGGCCGAGCGUAGAAAGGAUCUGUCACGCGAUACGACAGCAUCACAACUAUCACGAGGAUGUCGUUUCGGAGCGUCUGGAGCGGGCAGUUCGGGAAGGUGCUGUUCUGAAAGUUUAUAACAAGGGGCAGAGCUCGUACAAAGAUCCUGGUGGUCUGCAGAGCAAGACUCUUCGUAUCGCACCUGAUGUGGACGUUUCGCGGGCUGUGGCGAAGGCUGUGCGUGAACUGGGCGAGCGAGAUGGUUCAACUAUAAGGUCUAUAGAGAAACAUUUGCGGCAAGCAUAUCAAGUGACAGUGGGACCAGAUGUGGAUGUGCGCAGUGUGUUAAGGGCAGGAGCUAAGCGAGCAGUGGCUAGGGGCUUGUUGAUUCACCACGCGGGGGCUUACAAGGCAACUGAGAGACCCUUGGCAGCUACUGGCGAGCGCACCCCAAAACAAAGAGUGAAAAGUUCUUCAGAGCCUGCUGACAAGAAACACAAUCAGGGUGGUGUGCCUGUUUGCACCGAGUGUCUCGGUACAGACACAAGAAAUGGUGUAGGAUCAGUAGAGUCCCUCAUCUGUUGUGUGCAGUGCAAGUUGUAUGCGCAUCCUACUUGCAUAAACUUGUUGGAUCACAUCAGUCAAGCAGCUAUAAAGUCGUCGCGGUGGUGCUGCGGCGCGUGCUCGCGGUGCGCGGAGUGCGGCGACGAGCGCGCGCGCGCGUGGGCGGCGCGCUGCAGCGGCUGCUCGCGCGCCGCGCACCCGCGCUGCCGCCCGCCGCCCUGGCGCUGCCACCGCUGCACGCCGCACAAGAGAUCAACAAUGGGGGGUACUCCAAAGGGAAGGAAACCGAAGACGCCGGCGCGACGUAUCGACUCGGACGACGAGCCAUCGGAUGGUAAUGAUCCGCCGGCCUUCACUCGCAUCCCGUCCGAACAGAGAAUGUCCAAGGAGAAACAAAAAUUUUUCCGAUUCUCCGCGUUCAAUCUAGUGAAGAGGAGACGAUGUAGAGAAUCCUCUAGCGAGUGGGAGGGUUGGGAGGGGAAAUCGAGGUGGGGGGGAGUCCGCGUGACCCGCGUACAGCGCGUAGAGGUACGACUCGAGAGGCGGUCUGUCACGCCCUCCUCCACCGACUCGGAGCCGCCGCGGUCGCGUGCCCUGCCGCCCGCCCUGCCGCCCGCUACGCCCUGCCCCGUCCCCGCGCCCGCGCCCUUCGCCGUCCCCGCGCCCGUGACCGCGCCCGCGUCCGCCCUCGUGUCCGCGUCCGUGCCCGCGCCCGCGCCCGCCCCCGUCGUGCCGUUCGCAGCUUUCGCGCGAUCUCCGCGCCCCGCGCAUCUCUCGUCCGUGUUCGAGCGGCUGGCUACCCACACUGGCCCCGACGGCACCUGGGGCUUCGCCGCCGAGGCCCUGAAGCAGCGCCAAAUACAGGAAUCGUCGAAGUCGCCGCAGUGCAGACCUAAGUCGCCGGCCGUCACGCCCGAGAGGCAUCGCGUAGUGCGUCGCAGGAGCAGAUGUGGCGAUAGGCUGUUGACCACGCUGUUUGAUGGAUUAUCGGAGUUUUACUCGGUACGAACUGCGUCGAGAUCUCAGUCGAGACAUCGACCGGCGAGAAUCGUCGAACCCGAGGAGGAUCGGCAGGUUUUAAAAGAGACGAGGAGUACUUUUAAGCGAUACCAGGCAGCGCUGAGAUGCGGCCGGACGAGGAGUCCCAGUCGGCCGCGGAGCCCGAGCCGGCCGCGAAGUCCCGGGCGACCGAGAAGUCCCAGCCGGACGAGAACAGCCAGUCGAGCUAGGAGUCGGUCGCGGCCGAAACUUGAAAGAAAGGCUGAUACGCGGAAACGGGAGUCGACUAGAGAACGAAGUAGAUCGCGGCCUCGGCCUCGGCCCCGACAGAUUAAAGAGACUAGACGCGUGACGGUCGAUGAGCGCGAGCCGUGGAGAGAGCGCAGCGCGAGCCGCUCGGAGGAUAGUCCGCUGGCGACGCGCGGGGCCAGUGCGCCGCGGGGGCACAGUGGGGACAGCGGGGACAGCGCGGCCAGCGAGGCCAGCGGGGCGCGGGAGGCGGCGGUUGCGCCGGCGCCGCGGCUGUCGGCGUCGCAGCUGGUUAGGACGCUGGCGGCGGGCAAGCACCGGGCGGCGGCGGAGCAGUCCGAUAAACUGUACCGCGGGGUAGCGCUGGCCAGCCGGGCCGCCGCGCCCGCGCCGGCCACCGAUCAGACGGAGAGCAAGCGGUUACCGCCGGGAGUGACGGAGGCGGACGCGGAGUUGUUCAAGGCGGCGCGCGCGGCCGCGGGGGCGGAGGCCGAGGCGGCGGAGGCCGGCGCCGCGCCGCCGCCCGCCAGCCCCGGCGCCGCGCCGCCCGCGCCGCCCGCGCCGCCCGCGCCGCCCGCGCCGCCCGCGCCGCUGCCCGCCGCCUCCGCCACGCCGUUGCGCUGUCCGUCUGCGAUAGAGUUCGGACAGUGGGAGAUCGACACCUGGUACUCGAGUCCAUUUCCACAGGAAUAUGCCAGGCUCCCGAAGCUAUUCCUCUGCGAAUUUUGCCUAAAAUAUGCGAAGAGUCGAGCGGUAUUAAUGAGACACCUAGACAAGUGCCUGUGGCGGCAUCCGCCUGCCACCGAAAUCUAUCGCUGUGGCGACAUUUCAGUGUUCGAGGUUGACGGGAACGCGAACAAGAUCUAUUGUCAGAACUUGUGCUUGCUCGCGAAAUUGUUCCUGGACCAUAAAACCCUCUACUAUGACGUAGAACCGUUCCUCUUUUAUGUGCUGACAAAAAAUGAUAAUAAAGGUUGCCACCUAGUUGGCUACUUUUCCAAAGAGAAACAUUGCCAGCAGAAGUAUAAUGUGUCUUGCAUAAUGACGAUGCCGCAGUAUCAGAGACAAGGCUAUGGGAGGUUCCUCAUCCAUUUUAGUUAUCUACUUUCAAAAGAAGAAGGGCAGCCUGGUACACCAGAAAAACCUUUAUCAGAUCUCGGAAGAGUUUCAUAUCAUGCUUACUGGAAGUCUGUAAUUCUCGAAUUCCUCUAUGAUCGUAAAGACAAGUCUUUUACAUUUGAAGAAAUUGCUCACAUGACGGGCAUGCACAUGAAUGAUAUUGCAGUUACAUUUCAGUUAUUAGGAUUUGUAAGAUAUAUUCCAAAUAAUGAAGUGGUUAAAUUAGGACUUUGUAUAGAUUGGAAUAAAGUUGAUACUCACAUGAAGAAAUUAAGAAAUAAACCACGAUUGGAAAUUGAUCCAGAAUGCCUUAGAUGGACACCUCUUCUUGCACCUACAGUGAAUCCUUUCAGAUCACCAGAGGAGGCGUCAGGGGACCAAGAAACUGAGAAUGAGGAUACAGAACAAAAAACUGAUAGUGAUGCUACAGCCACGGAGACAGAAGCUUCUGCUCCUGUGCAUACCAAGAUCGAAACAAAGGUUCCUACUAAAGUAGAGAAAGAGGAACUUCCAGUAGAGGUAACAUCUUCUGGGAGAAGACGUACUAGACCCCUCAAAUAUAGUGAAACUACUUAUCAGACGACGCCGACGGUCGGUGAUGGUAGCCGAAAGAGGAAACGAGAUCUCAGCAGAAAGAUAUCGGAGUCUAACUUUGAAGAAGGAAAAACCGAUGAGACGCCCAAACAACAAAGAAGUAAAAGUAUUUCUAGAAGAUCUUCAAGAGUUCAAAAUGAAAUAAAUGAUGACAAUAACAGUCAAAGGAAUAGAAGACAAAGUGUAAAAGAAACUUCUGUAUAUCCUUCAGAUAGCCAAGAUAGUCAAGAAGAAAGUGCAGAUACCACUUUAGCGUCUACUCCAGUCAUUAAUACCAUUAAACCAAAAACUAAACGGAAAUUUGCUUGGAGAGGGCGUUCUAGAAAACGGCAAAAGGUCAAUAAUAAGAAUGCAGUUAGAACUAGUUCACCAGUGCUUAAGAAAGCUAAACUUGAUGACAAUAAAGAGGAAACCAAUGAUUAUAAGACAGAUGAUGAUUCAAUACAAGAAGCAGACAAAACAGCCACGGCGUCUGUUGAUGAUCAGAAUUCACCAAAGAAAUUAAAUGAUGAAAAUGAAAAAGCAGAAAAGAAUAAAAAUACGGAUGCUAGCUCUGAAGAUUCUUCUGGUGAAGCAGAUGAUGAAAUGGAUGUUGAAGAAGCAGAAAAUAGAAACGACGCUGUUAAACCGGCAACACCACAUAAUACUGAAGAAAAUAGUACAGAUCAUCAUACUAGUGACAUGGAACUUGACAGUAUCCACAUGGAUUCUCCCAAAUCUAUAGCUGAAAAAGAACGAGACAUGGAUGAAAUAACGAAAGAUAAACUUGACAAAGAUAAUAACGACGAUGAAGUGGUGAAGCCCAUAGAAAAUGAAAGAGAUAUAAGAGAACCUGAAAACGAUUCAAAGAAUCCAUCAGAAGAAAACGAGUUACCUGAAACUAGAAACGGCGAAAUGAAAUCUCCUUGUAAACCAACUAUUGAUGAUAAGGAUACUAUCGUUAUUUCAGAAUCUGACGAUAAUAAUAGUCAAAGUUGUCCACUCCCAUCACCUACUUCGCAUUCAAUAGUACCAGUAUUGCAGAAUAAUAAUAAUAAACCAAAAGAGAUUGAAGAAAAUGAAAGUCCGUCUAAAGUUAUUCCAGUUGUAUCAACAGAAAAUGCUCAUAUAGUGUUAGAUCCCAAAGUACAAGAAGACGUUAAUACUGCAAGACCUGUAGUUGAUAAUAAUUUGCCAAAAAUCCAUCUAAUUGAGACAAUUGUAGUUGAAGGGGAGUCUGAUAAUGCCAAUUCUCCUGUUAUAUCUCCUAAGAAAAAUGAUAAGUCUGUUAUAAGCGAAUCUCCAAAGCAAAAGAAUUCACCAGAGAAACUUGGCACAGAGGUGGUGUAUGAACAGAAAAAGUGUGAAGUUAGAAAAGAGACUGUGAUACAACAUCAAGCUAUAGAUGAAAGCAAGACUCCAGAGAAAAAAUCGCCCACUAAAAUUGAAACGAUCAUACAGAAUUUAGAUCCACAGAGAGAUCUUUCAUCGAUUGCAAAAAAGCCAGAACCACCUAAAAUUGAUUCUUUUCUAGAGUCUGAUAAUAGAAAUAAAAUUCAGUACCCGAUCGUCAGUAAGGAGAAUGAGAUUUCCUUUCGCAAUGAUGCCUACACCAGAAAAGACGAAGUUGUAAUAACUAGAAAUAUAACAGAUCAUAAUUUUCAGAAUGUACAAAAUUAUCAAAAUCCCGUGAAUAAUUCAAUGACGAUACAGCAAAUAAAUUCAGCACAACAUUCAUAUCUCAAUAACAGAGCAAAUAUAAACAAAGAGUCUCAAGCCAUACAGACUGAAAAAGUUCUUAAAUCAAGUGAACAGAAUCGUGUGAUAAGUAGUAUGGUAGAUACGGCGCCAGUAAUAAGUAAAACUGCGACAAAAUUAGAAGUUCCUCAUCCUAUAUCGUCGCCAGUUAUAAGCCCAGUGAUACCAAAAGUUCCCAAUGUGUCGGAAAUAAAUUUUUUACCCAGAUGUCAAAGCGCUAAUCCUGCUAUAAAUAUAGGUGUCGAUAGAUCGGACUUAGAAUCUAGUUUUUCUAGUAAUAGUGCUUUACAAAAUUCAUUAACUGGAUCAAUGAAUAUUGUUCAGACUGGCUCUCAAGACAAAAACGACUCUAAACCUAGGGAAAAGAGCAAGCUUCGGGAUGUGCGUGUGAAUUCCGCUCACAGCAAAAUAGAAAAGACAGAAAAGAAAACUAAUAAAAGUGACACUCCAAGAAGUACACCAGAACCGAAAUUGUUUUUUCCUGAACAAAACACAAACGCCAGAAAACCUGAGACGUCUGUCCCUAUAAAUGUUAUUAAUUCAGUAGCGGUCACCAGCAAAGUAGAUAGUAAAUCCACUAACGAGGCACCAAAGAAGCAGGAUUUUUUUAAGAAAGAAAAAUCGAGUGCUAGCAAGUGCGACUCUAAGAAUAGUUCAGUGAAACAUGACAAGAGUUGCACGAGCCAGUUGAAUUUGAAAACGUCCGUCGACCAUCAGAAUGACGUAAAUAAAAUGUUGUCCAAAUUGAAAUACGACAACGAGCUGGUUCCUAAAGCUGAUUACUCGAUGAAUCAAAUUCCGAACUAUCAUACGACGCAUGCGCAGUACCAUCAGUGGGCGCCGUGGGGCGACCCUACUGUUGGACGUUUGCAGAGCGGAUGGGAUCCUAACAGGUUUAUAGAUGUAAAAAAUGACAAAAACUACUUUGAUAAAUUACAACAGUUCAACCUUCCCACCCUGGAUCAAAUGCAGAAAUCACCACAAAAGUUGCAUGCGAAGUAUGAUCAGAAGGAUUUUCACAACAUCGCAUAUGGAGCGCUCUCGAGUGGUAUCUAUGCGACCGGUCUCUCCCAUCUAAAGGAGACGAAGGGGCCAAAGACAUCAGAAUGUUCGCAGAAGAGUGAAGCAAGCAAGAAGCAGUCGAAGACGACGACCGCGUGCCAGACGCAGUGCGAGUCGAAGAAGUCCGCGGACGCUCAGAUGAAGCAGAUGAUGCAGCGACAGGCAAAGCAGCAGGAUGCGGCUAGCUGCGCCGAGUACCGGCAGAGCCCGCAGGUGCUAGCGUCGCCCGGCUGCAAGACGCCCUUCAACCAGAACGGUCCGUGCCAAGAGAAGGAGAUCGAGAAGAAGUCGCGCCAGCAGACCAAGAAGGAGGAGUCUCCGAAAGACACGAGCAAGGAGGAGAUGUGCGAGGCGGUGAGCCCGGCGCUGCAGUCGAUGGGCGUGUACACGCCGGACUCGACCAGCAACUCGGUGCACUCGGUGCAGUACCCGGCCUGCGAGCUGGACGUGAGCCAGCUGGGGCUGGAGUCGCCCACCAGCAUCGGCUCCGACAUGGCGUCGCCCUGCUCCAUGAUGCACAUGCACCCGGCGCCCAGCCCGCAGUACCCGCACUCCUCCAUACACAUCCCCUCCAUCAUGACGCAGCCCAAUCAGCCGGCCAAGCAGCAGAAGAUUAAUAAUAGGAACAGGAACAACAACACGAGUGGCGGCGGCGGCGGCGGUGGCGGCGGCGGCAGCGGCGGCGACAGCAAGGCGCUGCGCACGGCCGCCACGCCGCCCGCCGCGGCCGCGCGCCAGCGGGCCACGCCGCCCGCGCACUCGCACCAGCCGCACGGCGGUAGCGUGAUGCAGACGAGCGGCGGCGGCGGCAGCGGUGGCGGCGGCGGGGGAGGCAGCGGCGGCGGCGGCGGGGGCGGGUACCAGGGCGGCUACCUGCCGUUCCAGCAGCAGCAGCAGUACCACGCGGGCGUGGCGGGCGUGGCGGGCGUGGCGGGCGUGACUGCAGGCGGCUGGGGCGCGCCCAGCUGCUCGCUGGCCAAGCUGCAGCAGAUGGCCGACGCGCCGCAGCACCACCACCCGCCGCACCCGCCGCACCCGCACACGCCGCCCGCGCAUCAGAAUGAGUUAUUGCAGUACGCACAGCAAGCGGGCACCCCGCCGGCGGGUGGGGUGGGCGCGGUGGGCGCGGUGGGAGGCCACUACCACGCCAAGUACUACCCGCCACACAAUCAGCUCGAUUCGCCUCGGAACACCAGGAAUGCCUCCAGCAACCUGAGCCCGAUGCAGCACAUGCAGAUCGCGCCGGGCUCGCGAAUGUCGCCCAACAUCAACACGCACAUCAUCAGCCAGUACGGGCUGAACGGGUACCGCAUGUCGCCGCAGCAGCAAUUCAACAACCUGCCCGUGCAGAUGAUGAACGUGCAGGGCGGCGUGCAGUACCCGUCGGACCCGCGCGACCCGCGCGCGCAGCAGGGCAACGUGUACUACGGGUACAUCAACCCGCCGCCGCCGCUGGCCAUGCAGCCGCUCAACUCCUCCAUGCGUCGGUAGCCCGCGCCCGCCUCCGCCUCCGCCUCCGCCUCCGCCUCCGCUACCGCCGCCGCCGCACCUACACCACCGGCCACACGCUAGCGCUCUACGGUGCGAUCUAGACAACGAUACGAGUGAUUUUUCGCCACAAAAUAAAUAAUUCAGAUUUGGUUAGUUAACAAGAAAAUCCAUUAAAUUGCAGUGAUACUAGGGCUGGAUUUAACACUAUACUAUAGUGUCCAAUCUCGGUCUGUACUCAACCUAUAAUUAUUUUGAUCGUACUGUAUACUCGUUUAGUGUGUAACGUUGACACCACUACGGUUGCCUUAUCCUUCCGCGCUGGAACUCUUGGGGUUGGCGCAUACCGACGCAGUAGCGGCAGUUGAUUAGUUAUUCAAUCUUAGCCGCUUGAGCAUACGACUGAAAUUUGUAUAACAAAACCAACGGUGGCUCGGAGUUAUACAGGAGGCGAGAGGCAGCUUUGCGACCGAUCGGUCUGCGCUGACCCUUCUGCCCGCCGGAUGGCGCCGCGUCCCGUAUGGAAGCUGAAUAAAGUACAAAAUUGAAGAUAGAGUUGUAUUUAAAUCUGUUUAUAGUGAUGAACGCGUUGGCGAAACGUAGCAUAAUUUUAUAGUGCAAUAAUUGUAUGUCCUCCGCUGCACUAGUGUGGUGAUACUGACUCGCGGAGUGUCGACCGGACAGUGAUCUGAUGAUGGGCGUGCGCUUAAAUUCUAAUAAAUUAAUAUAUAUAUAAUAUAUAUAUACAUACUUAAUUUCCAAAGAGAUAAUGUUAAGUCUUUGGUUAUGUCAAAAAAAAGUGCAAUGUUUUAUUCGGAGUGGCAUACAGUAACAUCUGAUGUAAAGAAUUGUUUGGAAUUCGUAUUUAUAUGUAUAUCCUGUUUGCGUUAAAAUAUGUGUCCACGCGCGAAAUGUAAUAUACAUGAUUGCUUGUACAGUUUAUGUAUCUAAUUAUAUUUUACGGAUAAGAACCCAAGUUUGUCUUUAAUCUGUUCUUCGAAGUGCCUCUCACGUCCCAUCCGCUUAAUUUCUAUGUAAGAUAUUGUAAAUGUACUGCUUUCGAUUAACACAAGGCUGUAUAGACAUAGGGCCGUUAUAGUUGUAGCAUAUUUGUAUGAUAAUUAUGUUUUUGUGAUAGUGGAGUGUACGGGCGCGGCUAGCGCCCGCGGCCACGCAACGGCGGGCCUAAGGACGGUUAUUUUUUUUUAUAUUUUGUAUUCUUUUACACAAUGUAGACUUAAAAUUUUUAUGUAAUAAUAAUCUCUUGGUUUUUACGCUUCGCUUAAGAAUUAUUUUCGUGUUUUUACAUUAAUUUAUUGCCAAAUGUUUUUAACACUGAUUGCGUUUACAAUGUAAGGAAGUAUUUUAGGUUAUGUUAGUUAUAAAUUUUAGUUUGCUCCCUGCACGUACGUUUUACGGUUAUUCGUUAGGUCGGCAGAGGCGCGGUCACCGCGUCGGCCGCACUCUGUUGCGAAUCGGUAAAUUAAUUUGUAAGAUCUGCUCCUCUAAGGUUAUGAAUGUUAUUUGUUACUAAUGUGUAGUAAUUAUAUAAAAUAUUGUAAAUAUAAAUAACAGUAAGAAAAUAUGUAGCACGUGUUAUUACACAAAAUAUAAUUUUGUGAA